ACCACGUAAAUAACAUUUUUUUUGAAAAUGACAUUUUGGUAUCACUGUAUAGAUUAUAAUUUUCUCUAUCACUUUUAUUAUGUACCAUGAGUCCAUUAUAUUGUUUUUUCCCGCUCAAAUUAAAGGUUUUGUGAUACCACGUAUUACAUUUUGAUUUUGAUAACACGUAUCUACCAUAAUGAACAUUAUAAUAAUAUUAUUCAACAUAAACGCUGGUGGAGCUAGACUGCUAGUCUUAAGACAGUUCAGCACUAAUAAUAUUGAACGUCUUACUAUACAGCAUUAUACAUCAUGACAUCAAAAAGAAGAAUUAAACACCUAUUGGAGCUUGCUAAUGAAGCUAGUAAUAAAGAUGACGCUAUGAACAACAUUACAUAUAAAAAAAAAAGUAAGACAAAUAUUACCAAUUUCUCUAAUAAGAAACCAAAAUAUGAAACUAAUUUAAUAGCCAAUUCAACUAUUUCAAAAACAAAAUAUGAAGUUUUAACAGAAGAUUCCUUAAAGGAUAUUGAAUUCAUUUAUGAGAAUGUUGUAACUUCUAUAAAUGAACCAGAUAAUAUUUAUAAUGAAAAUAAUUUAAAUGUUCCUAAUAAUACUGCACCAACUAUUGAAAAUCAAGUUGAUGAUAGUAUUUAUAACAAGACUGACUGUAUAAUUAAUUUUGAAACUGAUAAUUCUGAAUUUAAUAAUUAUGAAGAUUGCUUAAAGGAUAAUAUUGAAUUAACUUAUGAACAUGUAGAAGUUGUAACUUCCAUUGAUGUACCAGGUAAUAUUUCUAAUGAAAAUAAUUUAAAUGUUCCUAGGAAAAAUCCAUCACCCUAUGAAUCCCACUCUGUUAACUAUUCAGAUUUCUAUGACUACAAAAAAUUGAAUUAUUAUAAGUCUAUCCGACCUGGGCGAUCAAAGGGUGACCCUGAAGUUCGAAAUAUAAGAGCUCUUAAAUAUGAUCCCACAACCAAAAAAAUAUAUUACAAAAUAAAUUUUGAACAUGAAUAUACAGAAUUACCCCAGUACCAUCGAACAAAAAAAACUAUAGAUCUGUCCAUCAACACACCUUGUUUGUAUAAUAGCAGAAUUCCUAUUACUCUGUCCAAGUGGAAUGAUCUCCAAAAAUUAAAAACGGUUCUACCAACUGAUGUCCACGAUUAUUAUGACAAUAUACCUCACUUAAAGACUUAUAAAGAAAGAAAAUGUGAUAAAAUUUAGUUAUUAUGUUUUUUUUUUUUUUUAUAAUUAUUAUUAUG